AUGUCGUUAGUCAAGUGUGAGCUAUCAAAGAAUCCAGAGAAUGAAGACCUAUUUGAUGACCAUGAUCCUGAAAAGCUUUUUACUGAUUUACGGGAAAUUGGUCGUGGCAAUUUUGGCACAGUGUUCUAUGCCAAAAAUAUCAAAACAGAUGAGGUUGUAGCGAUCAAGAAGAUGUCCUACAAUGGUAAGCAACCCAGGGAGAGAUGGCAGGCUAUUUUGAAGGAAGUUAAAUUGCUGAAGCUCUGUAAUCACAAGAAUACUGUUAGCUGUAAAGGAUGCCUUUUGAAAGAACACACGGCAUGGCUUGUGAUGGAAUAUUGUGUAGGAUCAGCGUCAGAUGUCUUAGAAGUUCUCAAGAAACCACUGAGGGAAGUUGAAAUAGCUGCAAUAUGUCAUGAUGCUCUACAGGGACUUCGAUAUCUGCACAAGAGCGGAAGAAUUCACAGAGAUGUGAAAGCAAGAAAUGUCCUCUUGACUGAGAAUGGGGUAGUCAAGCUGGCGGACUUUGGCUCUGCAGCUCUGUUGGCUCGCGCCAAGUCUUUUGUUGGUACACCAUACUGGAUGGCACCUGAAGUCAUCUUAGCUAUGGGUGAAGGACAGUAUGAUGGCAAGGUAGAUGUCUGGUCCUUAGGGAUCACCUGUGUUGAACUAGCUGAGAGAGACCCUCCACUGUUUAACAUGAAUGCAAUGAGUGCCCUUUACCAUAUUGCUCAGAAUGAUCCUCCAAUGCUUUCUUCCCCAGAAAACUGGUCUUCUAGUUUUGUGGAAUUUGUGCAGGAAUGCUUGAGGAAGCAGCCUUCUGUCAGGCCUACAGCCGAAGAUCUUCUG